CUAGCUCCACUGCUUCUUCUAGUCUCCUCCCUUCCUGUUGUUAGCGCUCAAUGCUAACUGUCACCACAGCCCACAACCCCCGAAACCCUGAAAUAAACGGUUUGCAUGCAAACACACAAACACUGCGUGGAUGUACGGACGCGGCGACGUCAGCUGAAGCAAACGUCGUGAUAUCUUAUGCACCAUGAAUGAGGGAUCAUCCUGUAAAUGUUGGGGUCGAGCUGUCCCCUGUUACUGUGGAACCACAUCUGAUCCAUUACAUGAGUCUGCUCAUGAACACAACAGUCCUCCCAGGAAUGUCCCCUCCAUUGAUCAAAACCAACCAAAAUAUGACAAUGCUGCUCUUUGCAGGAGUGGAAAGGACUCUGCUCGUAAUCCUGUGCACAGAGAUCAGAGCACAACUGAAACUAAUUGUGAAAUAGUUUCACUAAGAAGAGAUUCUGACGAUAAAAAGACUGGAGAGUCUGCAGUUGACAUGAUAGAAGUCACAGUUUGGUCUGGUGACGAGGAGGAGUCCACUGCAGCAGGAAAACCCCAGAUGUUUGUUAGAGACGAGAAAAAGCAUUUCAGUCAAAUUUGCAAAAAACUAUUCAAAACUCGAAAUCACCGAUGUCAAAACACAAGGAAACAUUACAGAGGAGUCAAACCGUACAAAUGUUUCUACUGUCAGAAACGGUUUACAUGCCAAACCACUCUGGUCAUUCAUCUGCGGAGCCACACUAGAGGGAAGUCAUUCUUCUGCCCUGUGUGUGGUUUGAAGUUUUCUCUGAUGAGACACGUCAAGUCUCAUUUGAAAACACAUGCUGAAUAUACCAUGGUCAUGUCAAAGGAGCAAGAGCAAGCAGAGACAGUUGUUAGUUUGGGCCUCUCGGAUGAAGAGUGCGAGUGGGAUCCAGGCAACUCUGCCUCACAAAGCAAACCUGGGACUCACCGUUCUGUGAACACAGCACCCUGGAGUCGUCAGAAGGACCCGGAGGCCAAGGAGCUCUUAAAGUGCCCAGAAUGUAGCAAGGAGUUCCAAAGCUCAAACGCCAGAGACCACCAUCUUAAACAGAAACAUGGCAAACACCCAUUUCACAAGUGCUGCCACUGUGGACAGACGUAUAGAACCCACCGAAGCUUGACAGUUCACCAGAGGAUAUACCAUCCACAGCCUACAGUGACUGUGAAAUAUGAAGAAGAGCACAGAGCUCCAAAGACAUAUGUGGGUUCAACAUGUGGAAAGCAGUUCCCUUCCAAUGCCUCGCUGAAAAAGCACCUGGUUGUUCACUCAGGGAAGAGACCAUACAGGUGCACUUUGUGUGGGAAAGGUUUCACACAGAUUGGAAACCUGAAGACGCACCAGAAGGUUCAUAAAGACGAAGCUCCUGAAUCAGGAGAAGGAGAGGAUGCACACAUACCUGUACAUGGGGAAUUUAACAAGAUGCUAGAGUCACAGAACAGUUCCCCUCAACCUGAAGAGUCAUCGAUGGAAAUCUACUUAUGCCAUUUGUGUUGGACUCAAUUUUCAGAUGAACAGCAUUUAGAGGAACAUUUAAAACAAGUCCACAAAUCAAUGAAGCCUUUUUCCUGCACACAGUGUGACAAGACGUUUGUGCACAUCCAGAAAUGGAAAGAACAUGAGGCUGCACACGAGGGUUUGAAGCCGCACCAGUGUCCCCAGUGUGAUGAAGGUUUCCAGACCUUAAAGGAACUAGAGAACCACAAGCAGGAUCACACAGAAGAGAAACCAUUCCAGUGCAUUAUAUGUGGUAAAAGGUUCAAACGGAGACCUACUCUGAGAGCUCAUUAUGCGAUGCAUUCUGGAGAAAAGCCCCAUCUGUGCUUUCUCUGUGGUAAAUGCUACGCCCGGGCUGAAGAUUUCAAAGUGCACCUCAGAGUUCACUCAGGAGAGAAACCUUACCAGUGUGAGGAGUGUGGGAAGAGUUUCUACUACAGGCAGGGCUUCAGCACACAUAAGCAAAGUCAUAAUGCCAAACCCACGAGACCUGCUCUGCAGCUCGGCAGACCCAGAAAGUCAAACAGGCCCCAGAAGAUCUCGCAAAGCCCUCUGUCUGAUUCAGAUGGAGAGGACCCCACCUGGAAGCCUCCUGACCAGGGAAACAGGCGUCAUCAUCAGCUCAAGGACCAAGACAAUUCCACUGUAGAGGACGACAACCAGACAUCCACAUGGAAAUUUGGUCAUCAUAAAUCAAUGAGUUUGUGGGACCAAAACCCAAAUGCCUCUGACGUGGGGACAGCGGAGGCCCAGGAGGAGGGAGAGAGUGUUGGUUACAGUGCCCUCUUCAGGGACACGGUAGAUCAGGAGCACUUUGAGGAGAGCUGUGCAGCAGAGCAGCGCUCCUGGACUGAGUCUGACACGUCUUCUUCACCGCCACCAUCAGAGGUCAGUAUCAGAUUGAAGAGGAAGAGGACUGCACAGGUCAAAAAAGAGACACCUGAAGCACAGGGCCACGUCCCCAGCCUCAUACGUGAAGAAAAAACUCAAAUAACACCCAAAUCUGAGGAUGAAGAGACCUCCCUGAAACAGCCUCAGACAAAGCUGUCUGUGGCACCUAGCAGACCGAAGAAGAAGUACGAGUGUCCGACCUGUGGAAGAGUCUUCUCUGUCAACACUGGUCUGCGACGCCACCUUGUGAUUCACACGGGGAAAAGACCGUACAAGUGCUUCAUAUGUGGAAGGGGAUUCACCCAGAGUGGAAACCUGAAAACACACAUGAAAGUCCACAAAGGAGAGCUGCCAAACUGGACAUUACUUCAAGAGACGCGUCCCCCUGAUGAACCCCCUGUGACUGUGCAUGUGUGUGGAGAGUGUGGAAUGGACUUCCCACAGAAAGAACAGCUGGACGAACACAAAGAGAGCCACAAAAAGCCUUACGCGUGUCUCGAGUGCGACAAGACAUUCAAAAGCGAAUAUUAUUUUAAAAUACAUCAGCGCAUUCACUCUGGGGAUUCACCAUAUAUCUGUUCAGAGUGCGGAAAGAGCUUCGUCACGGGAAAUGCACUGAAAAAACACGAGCUAACGCACACCGGAGAGAGGAAUUUCCACUGUAAUCAGUGUGGGAAGGCAUUUUCACAAUCCUCCCACCUCAAGGUGCACCUGAAAACUCACACAGGAGAGCGACCUCACCUCUGCUCCAUCUGUGGUAAAAGCUACUCCCGAGCAUUUACCCUGAAGGUUCACCUGCGAGUUCACACGGGAGAAAACCCCUACACCUGCGAGAAAUGUGGCAAGCGUUUCUAUUACACUCAAGGUUAUCAGCAGCACCUGAAGGUUCACAACAAGAAGCCAAAACCGCCAAGUAAACCUCUAGGGAGACCAAAACAUUUAACGUGCCAAUUAUAUCCAAUGAGGCCUGUAGUCAUCUCAGCAGCUCCCAGAUGGAAAUUUAACAAGACGGUAGAAUCAUACAACAGCUCCCCUCAACCUGAAGAGUUAUCAAUGGAAAUCCACCUCUGCCAUUUGUGUUGGACACGCUUUCCUGACAAACAACAAUUAGAGCAACACUUGAAGCAAGUCCACAAAUCAAACAAGUCAUUUUCCUGCACACAGUGUGACAACAUGUUUGUGCACAUCCAGAAAUUGAAAGAACAUGAAGCUGCACACAAGGGUUGGAAGCAGCACCAGUGUCCCCAGUGUGAUAAAGGUUUCCAGACCUUAAAAGAACUAGAGAACCACAAGCAGGAUCACACAGAAGAGAAACCAUUCCAGUGCAUUAUAUGUGGUAAAAGGUUCAAAAGGAGACUUACUCUGAGAGCUCAUUAUGCGAUGCAUUCUGGAGAAAAGCCCCAUCUGUGCUUUCUCUGUGGUAAAUGCUACGCCCGGGCUGAAGAUUUCAAAGUGCACCUCAGAGUUCACUCAGGAGAGAAACCUUACCAGUGUGAGGAGUGUGGGAAGACUUUCUACUACAGGCAGGGCUUCAGCACACAUAAGCAAAGUCAUAAUGCCAAACCCACGAGACCUGCUCUGCAGCUCGGCAGACCCAAAAGGUCAAACAGGCCCCAGAAGAUCUCGCAAAGCCCUCUGUCUGAUUCAGAUGGAGAGGACCCCACCUGGAAGCCUCCUGACCAGGAAAACAGGCGCCAUCAUCAGCUCAAGGACCAAGACAAUGCCAUGGUAGAGGACGACAAGCAGAAAUCCACAUGGAAUGUUGGUCAUCAUACAUCACUGAGUUUGUGGGACCAAGACCCAAAUGCCUCUGAGAGGCGGACAGCAGCUGGUUACAGUGCCCUCUUCAGGGGCACGGCAGAUCUGGAGGAGAGCUGUCCAGCAGAGCAGUCUGGGACGUCUUCUUCACCACCACCAUCGAAUAUCAGCGUCAGAUCAAAGAGGAAGAGGAUCUCACGAGUCACUCGACAUGAAAAAGAGACACCUGGAACACAGGGCCGGGUCCCUGGCCUCAUACGUAAAGAAGAACCUAAAAGAAUGCCCAAAUCUGAGGAUCAAGAAAGCUCCCAUAAACAGCCGCAGACAAAGCUGUCUGUGGAGGCAAAACCAAACCAGGCACUGAGCAGACCAAAGAAGAAGUAUGAAUGUCCGACCUGUGGAAGAGUCUUCUCCGUCAACACUGGUCUGCGACGACACCUUGUGAUUCACACGGGGAAAAGGCCAUACAAGUGCUUCAUAUGUGGAAGAGGAUUCACCCAGAGUGGAAACCUGAAAACACACAUGAAAGUUCACAGAGGAGAGCGACCAAACUGGACAUUACUUCGAGAUACACGUUCCCCUGAAGAACCUCCUGUGACUGUUCAUGUGUGUGGAGAGUGUGGAAUGGACUUCCCACAGAAAGAACAGCUAGACGAACACAAAGAGAGCCACAAAAAGCCUUACGCGUGUCUCGAGUGUGACAAGACAUUCAAAAAUGAGUAUUAUUUUAAAAUACAUCAGCGCAUUCACUCUGGAAAGUCACCAUAUACCUGCUCAGAGUGUGGAAAGAGCUUCAUCACAGGAAAUGCACUGAAAAAACACGAGCUAACACAUACCGGAGAGAGGAAUUUCCACUGUGAUCAGUGUGGGAAGGCAUUUUCACAAUCCUCCCACCUCAAGGUGCACCUGAAAACUCACACAGGAGAGCGACCUCACCUCUGCUCCAUAUGUGGUAAAAGCUACUCCAAAGCAUUUACCCUGAAGGUUCACCUGCGAGUUCACACGGGAGAAAACCCCUACACCUGCGAGAAAUGUGGCAAGUGUUUCUAUUACUCGCAAGGUUAUCAAAAGCACCUGAAGGUUCACAACAAGAAGCCAAAACCGCCAAGUAAACCUCUAGGGAGACCAAAACAGUAGCCGAUUGUGAUAAAUAAUCAAUAAUGUCAGCAAUCUGAGUAGAAAUAGGUAUUACAUUAAAAAUUGUUCACAAGUUACUGAUGUAACUGGCUAAAAACAUGGUAUGACAGACCAUAUACUCAUAUUAUAUUACAGUCUAUCAUG